AUGGCGGUGCACAUCACCGCGGUGCUAGCAAUGCUGUUCUACUUCAUCGCCGUCGUGUGCGUGGGCGUGUGGUCGGGCCGCAAGCUGCACGUCUUCAAGGAGGACGGCCAGGGCUCGACGAUGGACCAGCGCCGCCGGCGGCCGCAGCAGAACCGCUUCCUCCACAGGCUGUUCUUGGCCGACAGGAACCUGUCGCUGGCGCUCGGCAUCAGCUCCAUGACAGCCACGUGGGUCGGAGGCGGCUACCUCAACGGUACUGCCGAGGCUGUCUACACAUACGGCGUCCUGUACUGCCACGCUCCGAUCGGUUACGCCAUCAGCCUCAUACUCGGCGGCUUCUUCUUCGCGCAAAAGAUGCGGAUGACGAACGCGGUCACCAUGCUGGACCCGUUUCAGGAGCUGUACGGCCGCUGGAUGGGGCUGCUGCUGUGCCUGCCGGCCGUGUGCGGCGAGAUAUUCUGGACGGCCGCCAUGUUGGCCGCGCUGGGUGACACGGCGGGCGCCAUGCUGGAAGUAGACUCGGACCUCUUCAUCGUCAUUGCCGCGAUGAUCAUAUUCUUUUACACCGCGCUGGGAGGGCAAUACUCGGUCGCCUACACCGACGUCUUCCAGUUAUGCACCACGGUGGUAUUCCUGGUAAAGAGCCUGUCUUUUUCUUGGAGCGUUCAUACGAUAAAGGCAUAG